CCCUAGCCAAGCGCACCUGUUCCUUCAGAGUUCGGAGGCAAUGGCAACAUCGAAAGACCAAACCAACCGUGCUCGAGCCUUGUGGGUCACAUGCCUAGCUUCGGCCUUCCGGACCGCUCUAGCUUGCACCAUAGUAGCCAUCACCACCCUCUACGGCCCUCCCGCUCUCCGACGGCAAGUAGCCUUGCCUGCAUUCUCCUACGUGACUGUUAUCCUUAUUGCUCCUGAUGCAACUCUAGGUGACACAUUCCGUGGAUUCUGGCUCGCCCUAUACGCCACUGUCCAGAGCGUCGCGCCGGCUAUCUUGAGCCUCUGGCUAAUUGGACCAGCCCGUCUGACGAGCAGCACGACGGCUCUGGCAGUUGGUCUGGCGGCAUUUGUGGUAGUUCUGCCUGGGGAGGUUACUCAUUUGGUGUCCAAGCGCAUAGCCUUGGGACAGAUUGUGCUUGUGUACGUUAUUGCUUUCAUACAGGGUGGGAGUGCGGAUGCUAUCAUGCACCCUGUGCAUGUGGCAGCGAGUACAGCCGUUGGGGCCUUGGCUUGUGUUCUUGCUUUGUCGGUUCCUUUCCCAGGCUUGGCUUGUCGAGAGGUUAAACAGAACUCAAAGCUGGUUGUGGAGAAUGCUUCGGAGAGGCUCAAACUUUUUUUGAAGGCUUUUUGUGCAGAAGAUGCCGCAUCCGCACUUGCUUCAAUUUCACAAACAAAGUCCUUAGCUUCCACAGCAUCCAAGCUUAUUCAAACCAUUAAACGCCAUCAGGAAAGCAUGCAAUGGGAGAGACUUCCACUAAAAUUUCUGAGACACAGCAAUGCCAAUCCAGCAGACAGAUUGCAAGCUUUGGAGAUUCCCUUAAAAGGGAUGGAAAUGGCCUUAAGUAGCACUCCUUCAUUCCCAGUUGGAGUGGCGGAUGGAGAGCUCAAAAGUUGUCUACUUAAACUAGCAAAGGAUCAAAUGAGCUUAAAUAGAAGCAUUCCUUGUGAAGAUGCAGUAACUGUUCCUGAAUCAAACCCAGAAGUUGAUAUUAGAUGCCUCCAAGCACUUCAGACCAUUCCACAAACCCACCAGGACUUACCCCCAUUUUUCUUUUUGUUCUGUAUAAAUCUCUUUCAUGGGAAAAUGUUGGCACCAAGUUCUGGUAGUACCGAACAGGACAAAUUGGUAAUUCCACAGAAACAAGAAGCAAUUACUUCAUGUAAACAGGGUGCGGUAUGGAGUAACUUCUCCACCAAGGUAAACAGCAAAAGGGUCAUGGCAGCUUUCAAGUGCUCACUUUCACUGGGUCUAGCUGUGUUCUUUGGCUUGAAAUUCAGCAAAGAAAAUGGCUUCUGGGCAGGGCUUCCAGUCGCUAUCAGUUUCGCCGCAGCUAGAGAAGCAACAUUUAAAGUUGCAAAUGUUAAAGCACAAGGGACUGUUUUAGGAACUGUAUAUGGAGUUUUUGGUUGUUUUAUGUUCCAUAGGAUCUUACCCAUUAGAGUCUUAUCUCUGAUUCCUUGGCUCAUUUUUACCAGUUUUCUUCAGAGAAGCAAACUGUAUGGCCAAGCUGGUGGUAUUUCUGCGGUAAUUGGAGCUGUACUAAUUUUGGGCAGAACAAAGUUUGGGGCUCCAAGUGAAUUUGCCAUAGCAAGAAUUACCGAAACCUUCAUUGGGUUAUCGUCAGCGAUUAUUGUCGAGCUACUGUUCCAACCCACUAGAGCUUCCACUCUUGCAAAAGUUCAACUAUCUAGAACUUUCGGGGCAUUGCAUGAGUGUAUUGACUCAGUGAGUCUUCAGUCUGGAAGAGCAGAAUUGCGAGAGAAACAAAAAUGUCUGAAAGUUCAUGUUGAAGAACUGGGGAAGCUCAUUGCAGAAGCUGAUAUGGAGCCUAAUUUCUGGUUCCUGCCUUUUCACAGUGCUUGCUAUGGAAAGCUCAUGGGUUCUAUCUCCAAAAUGAUGGAACUCAUAGCUUUUAGUGGUCAUGCAAUUGGAGUUCUUGAACAAAAUUCACAAUUACUUGAGGGUUCUUGGAAAGGUAUUGUCGAUACCAUGGACUGUGACCUUGAACUUUUCAAGAAGAUGGUUGGCUCCUUGAUAAGUUGUUUUAAGGAUAUCACUCUGAUCAAUUCGGUAACAAUUCUUGAGAAGGAAGCGUUUGAUGGUCAAGAAUGUGCCAAAUCUUGUGAUCUCGAGUUGGGAGAACCGCAAACCUUAAAAGCAUUUAGGGUUUGUGGUUUAGAAGAUGAAGAGAUGGACAAGAUUGUAAGUUCUUAUCUCCUUCACUCAAAGGAAGCUGUAGAUAAAAUUCAUUGUCAACAAAAUGAGGAGCUGAAGGGCCAAACCGUUUUAUGUUUGAGUGCUUUAGCGUUCUGCGUAAGUGGUUUGAUAAGAGCAACAAGAGAGAUAGAAGAGGGAAUCAAAGAACUUGUUCAAUGGGAGAAUCCUUCAAGCCAAGUUAACUUGUACGAGACCUCUUGUAAGAUGCGUGCUUUAAAAACAUAAUAUAUGCAUAUGCGUGCAUUUUUAUUUUUUUGCAUUUCUUCUUCAAAAAACUAAAUGAUUGCAUAA